AUGCUGCCGAGGACGGCGCCCGCACGAAAUGCGCCUGUGCGGGCGCGGCUGCAAAGACAGCAGGCAGUGCCGCAUGGACCCGGCCCAAAGUUGGCCCGGCGUGCGGCGGGCAAGGCGGCGGACGACGCGAGCAAAGGUGGCAAGGCUGAUGUGACCGCCAAGCCGGAGGCGGCGGCCGCAGCCCUAGCCGCCUCCGUGGCCUUCUUCCGGCGGGUGACAAAGGCGAAGGCACCGGAGGCGGCGCCGCCUGUGCGGCGGCGCGGCUUGACCAUGCUGCUGCGGGACGGCAUUCCGCAAGUGGCCUUGAGCGUGAUGAGUUUCGCCUUGGCCAACGUGCUGCCUCGGCAAGUUGUGGCGCUGCUCGUGGCCUUGGCAGUCUUCGUCUCCACCUCCCCACGGCGCGCACGGCGCGAGGCCUUGUUGGACGAGGCCUCCAAUGAGAGCUCAGGGAACGAUGUGACGGAGAUGUCGCUCCUCAACACCGCCGUGCAGGAGAUGUGGCCGGAGAUCACGAGCUUCAUCCGCACUGUUUUGAAGGAGACCGUGGAGGAAGCCAUCCAGACGAGGAUGCCGUGGUUCCUCAGCAGCUUGGGCUUCGGGCGAAUCUCCUUUGGGGACUCUGCUUUGAAGGUGGAGGAGCUGAACGUGGAGCGUUUGUCGCAGGAGUCCUACAAAGAUGGCGAGUUCCGAAGCUUCAAGGUCUCCAGCGUGGUGGCCUGGGACGCGGAUGUGGACGUGGCCCUCACGGCGCCCUUCGCGGCCAUCUCCGCGGAGCACGUCCUGGUGAAAGGCCGCCUGGAUGUUUGCUUGCAGCAGAUCUUGCCCAGGCCGCCCUUCUUCACAGCCAUCACCUUCUACUUUGCAGAGCUGCCGACAGUCCUCUUGAGCUUGGAUGGCACCCUGGUGGGCCUACGGGUGUCCUUGCUGUGGUUGGAGAAGCUCCUGGCUGAAAUCAUCCAGAAACAGUUGGCUGAGCAGAUCGUUUUGCCCACCGUGGCCUCAGUGCUGCUGGACAUCACCAACGAGGAUGCCUGGUUUGAAGCAGGCCACAUGUUCCCCGAGGGCGUUGUUGCUGUAGCGAUCCGCAGUGCAGAGAACUUGGCCGCCAAGGACAUGGCCUUGCCCUUCGGCUUGUCGACGCCCAGUUCCGACCCCUACUGCGAGGUCACCUUGGGCGUGAGUCGCUGGCGCACACCAGUGAGGCCACAGAAUUUGAAUCCCAAAUGGGAACCUUCAGAAGCGACCCACCAGUUCCUGGUGCACGCACGCAGCGAACAGCAACUACUCCUUCACUUCUACGAUGAGAACCCAUAUACAGAGGACGUGUCUUUGGGCUAUGUGUCACUGCCAGUUGGACAGCUCCCCUCAACAGCACUGGCAUCUGAGCCAGAGCAGGAGAUGACGCUGCCCUUGAGUCUGCAAGGAUCAGUUCACUUUUCAGCCUGUUUUUCAGAGCUUAAGCUGGAUGAAGCCAACCUCCGGCGGCAGCUCCGCUGUUUGGAUGAUGAGCGGUCGCGAAAGCGACGGGCCUUUGUGGUCAUGGUGGGCGUCGACCGCUGCAUUUUUUCAGGAAGUGAAGACGCCAAGCCACGAGGCUUCCUUUGCAAGGUCUCCUGUGAGGAGCACGAGGAGACGUUCAAGAGCCGCGUGGCGCGGAAGAGGGGCCGCUAUGGUGCCACAGCCUGGUGGCGGCGAGCCGUGGAAGAGUCCUCGCCCAGUGCAGCAGAAGGCCAUGCAGAGAGUGAAGAGCAGGAGGAGGAGAAUGCCGCCCACUUCCAAGCCACCUUUACACACAUGAUCCAAGGAGACCCACGGUCCACGGUAUGUCACAUCAAGAUUGAGAAGCGAGGAGCUCUUCCAGUGGGCAAGGAUGUGGGCGAGCUGGAUUUCCCCGUCUACCGUCUCAUUUCUGCAGCCUUCAACACCACCAAGGUGGUGCUUCCCAUGGGUUCGGCGACGCUGACGCUGCUGGCGCAGCUGCGCGCCACGGCGCGCGCGUGA